AUUUUCGGUUCGAUUCAAAAUGGAUAACGAAUCAAAUCAAAAUUAAUGAAUAAUUUGUUCAGUUCUAUUCGUUAACAGUAAAAAUAACGUAAAGAAGAACCAUGCAUGUGAGUUUUAUAUUAAAAAAAACGUAAAGUACAUAGUGUGAACAUAUUUAUGUAGAGUUUGGUUGAGAAGAUCUCUACAUAUGACAUGUGUCCAUUUUAGUGUGAACGCAUUUAUUAUAAUGCUUUUUCUUUAAUAUAUAAAUGAUGUUUUUGAGACUUAGCAUAACUUUAAAGAAAUUUACUAAAGUGUCUAUUAGAAAAUAUAUGAGAAAAUAAGAGUAAAGUUGCAUGAAUAAGUAGAUCAAGCUUGUAGUGUGGCCAUCAAACUCAAGAAGUGAGCAUCCAUACUUGAGUUCUGAAAGCUUUAUGGGACAUGUCACAUGUGAUCUGCUUAAGUGUGAAACUUACUUUGUCAAAAGAGUGUGAAAGUUAUGGAAUACCUAUACCUAUAUACUAAAAGGUCAAGUGGAGAAGUUGUCAUUGGGACUGUAAGAGUUUAGACAACAAAGGGGUGUUUGUCUACGAAGCUUCAAAUUGUAUUGUCACGGGGAGAUCCACGUGGUAAGUUUUCCGGAGGUGUCGACGCAAAGACUCCAAGAAAGGAGCUGCUAUGUCGAUAGUUUCCCACACGUACUAUGUCCUGAUUCGCUUCUUUUUUUACUUAUUACUACAGUAUUACAUAACUUAAAUUUAUUAGUUAAAUAUUUAGGCGAAAAUAUGUUUCAUGUCACUAUUAAAAAUAAGGGCAAAAAAUAAUCGUAAAAGAGAAACCAUAUGGGAUUUUUUCAAUAAACGGAAAAAUGAUAAAUUCGAAAAAGAAUUAUAGUUGAACAAGAAAACCAAAAACGAAAAGAAAAUUGUUUUUUGCAGAAAUGAGCCUACCAUUUCACAAGGGACAACACACCACAGAUUGAAAAGUCAACAAUAUUGACUAAACAAGCUGGUAGUCCGACAAGAUCCCAAGUUGUGUCUGACUUUCAACGACCUCUCGUUUCUCAAACCUUUGGGAGCUACCCGGAAAAGACAUCACAUUCACACAAAGAACAUAAACUCUUCUAGACAUUUGACAUUUUCAUACCUUAUUCUUACGUUUUUAUCAUUACUUUCUCGAAUCUUGUUUAUAAUAAUAUAGUAUUAUCAAGAAUUCAACACAGUUGCUCAUAAAUUUCCGUGUAACUAAAAUAUUUUAAUUAGGAGAUUCGUUCACUGACUCAAAUUUGAUUCGUCAUUUUCUUUACUCCUCUCUUCGACGACCUACCUCUGUCCAUCGAUUUGUCGAGUUUCUGGGAAAAGCUUUGGAGGUUUCAAGUCAAAACAUCAUUUAGCUAAGCUGUUAAGUCAUCUUGUACCACAAGAUUAAGAUAUCUUCAAAGAUAAUCGCUUAAUUACCCUUUCUUGGUUCCGUUGAAGUUCGAGAUAUGAGGGAAGGAGCUUUAAUUGUAGCGGUAGCGAUCAAAGGGAACAAUAGCAAAAUCAAAGGCGUUAUUCGAUGGGCACUUCAAGAAUUCGCUUCUCAAGAACAUGUUGUCUUCAAGCUCUUACAUGUCCAGCCAAGAGAUUCGAUGUCAGUUUCAACCUCAAGAAAAGACUCGACCACAACGGUUUACAAGAAAGAUGUUGAUAGGAAAACAAGAGAAAUGCUUCAUCCAAGCAGUUCCAUGUUUGCUCAUAGAGAGGUUCAAUUGGAUAUGAUGGUACUUGAAUCAGAUGAUGUAGCCGAUGCAAUCUCUAAAGCGGUUCAAGAUCAUGGAAUCAGUGAGUUAGUCAUUGGAGCUUCCUCUUCUAUCAUCUUCUCAUGGAAGCUGAAGAGAAGCAACUUAUCUUCAAGAAUAUCAGAUGUUACACCGAGAUUUUGCACCGUUCACGUUAUCUCCAGAGGGAAGCUUCUAAAUGUUCGAAAAUCCGAUGUAGACAUUGAAACAAGCAUAGCAGAUGAUAGGAGUGAAAGCCAGUUCUCUUCAAGUAGCCAGUCAGGGUCAGUAAGUUCGACAUCGAGUCAUCAAUUCUCAUCUACAUCUCUACUCUAUCAAAGAGUCCAAGCGCUUUCAACCGUUAACCAAAAGGUCGGGACAAAUAUGGGAACAAAGAAGAGUAUUGAUACGCACCAUAGCAGAGCCGCCUCUCUAGAUGUGGAUGAACCAAACCAAAGGGGCUAUUACCGGACGAACAGCUCAUUGGUUAGGUAUAAAGAAAGUGAUAUCCACAGCCGGAGAAGCUCUCUUACUGAGGAAGGAUCAAGCUCAGGUUGCUACAGUGACCCUACUUCAUCUAGUAGCCAGAUGAAUAAAGAUUUUGAGCUAGAGAAGCUGAAGAUUGAACUCCGUCACAUCAAAGGAAUGUAUGCAGUUGCUCAAAGUGAAGUCUUGGAUGCUACUAAAAAGAUGCAAGAUCUUAACCAGCGUAGGUCAGAGGAAGCUACGAGGCUCAAGAACUUAACGAUAAGAGAAGAAUACGCGGAGGAGGCUGUGGAAAUGGAGAGGGAGAGACAAGAGGAGGCGGAAAACGAAGCUGAGCUCGUGAGAGAAUGUGUUGAGAGAGAAGCUGAGGAGAGACUUGAGGCGGAAGCAAGAGCGGAAGAGGUUAGAAAGGAGAAGCAGAGGCUUGAGGAUGCACUUGAGGGAGGACCACUUCAACGCCAACAGUACAUGAAGUUUGAGUGGGAAGAUAUCGUUCAGGCCACGUCAUCGUUCUCUGAUGAACUCAAAAUCGGAUCGGGCGGGUACGGAAGCGUGUACCGGUGUAACUUGCACCACACAACAGUAGCUGUCAAGGUUCUUCAUUCAGACAAAAGCAGCUUAACCAAACAGUUUCACCAAGAGCUUGAGAUUCUUAGCAAGAUUCGUCACCCGCACUUGCUUCUCCUCCUAGGCGCGUGUCCUGAACGCGGCAGCUUGGUCUACGAGUACAUGCACAACGGAAACCUAGAGGAAAGACUCAUGAAACGCAGACCAAACACUGACGCACCGCAACAACCGUUACUAUGGUUUGAGCGGUUCAGAAUCGCUUGGGAGAUUGCUUCAGCGCUCUACUUUCUCCACACAAACGAGCCGAGACCAAUCGUUCACCGCGAUCUUAAACCGGCUAAUAUACUCCUAGACCGGAACAAUGUGAGCAAAAUCGGCGACGUAGGCCUUUCCAAAAUGGUUAACCUCGACCCUUCUCAUGCAUCAACGGUUUUCAACGAAACCGGUCCGGUUGGAACGUUUUUCUACAUCGAUCCUGAAUACCAAAGAACCGGUGUGGUAACUCCAGAAUCUGAUAUCUACGCGUUUGGGAUCAUACUUCUUCAGCUAGCUACGGCUAGAUCCGCGAUGGGUUUGGCUCAUUCGGUUGAGAAAGCGUUGAGAGAUCAAACCGGGAAUUUUUCAGAGAUUUUGGAUAAAACUGCUGGAGAUUGGCCGGUUAAGGAAGCUAAAGAGAUGGUUAUGAUAGGGCUCAGAUGUGCGGAGAUGAGGAAGCGUGACCGUCCGUAUUUAGGGAAAGAGAUUUUACCGGUUCUUGAACGGUUAAAGGAUAUUGCUUGUGACGCAAGAAACAUGUUUUCUGAAACCGUAAACAAACAUAACAACCACGCUCCGAGCCAUUUCUAUUGUCCAAUAACUAAGGAUGUCAUGGAGAAUCCAUGUGUUGCUUCGGAUGGAUAUACAUACGAGAAGAGAGCCAUUAAGGAAUGGCUUGAGAAGAAUCAUAAAUCUCCAAUGACGGAUUCGCCCUUCCCCAACCAAACUCUUCUUCCUAAUCAUUCUCUUCUUUUUGCUAUCAAGGAGUGGAUAUCGUCACAUACAAUUAAAUAGAAAAAAGUUUCAAAGUUACAAGGCAAAAGUACUCUCGUCGAUUAACAUGCAUCAUUGUGUUUUUUACACCAUUCUUUGCGCACACAUACCACACACGACUACACGAAUAGGUAGAUGAUGUUUAUACAUAUUGAAAAGAUUGGAGUUUUUGUUCGUAAAAUUAGUGACCUUAUUUGUCAAAGAAAAAACCUUAUUCAUUUUAUUGUACAAAUAGGUUAUAGGUUUUGACUGCGCACUCGCAGGAAAAGAUAAUACAGUAGUAUUGGUUUUUGUUUUA